AUGGGCUCUCAACUGAUUGGCAAAUUCGCAAAAGUUGCGGCGGCUGCCAGCGCUACCGCAGCCGGAUACUACGCCUACCGCGUCUACCGCAACACCACCGCGAUUGAUACACCAAUCAUCGCCUCCCGCAGCAUUCCUGACUCCCUCCGCCAGUCAUGGACGGUCAAAGAGCUUAUCAACAGGAAUAAUCACCCUGCGGUGAUGGAUUCUCAGUACACUGAGCUCGCUGCACGAUUUCGAGAAGUCCCGGAUACGGUGCUACUUGCGAGAUUCCUACGCGGGUUCUUUGGUGGCUACGUCUUUGGGCCUGAACGGGUAGCACUUAAGGCCGUAGGGAUAGACUUGGUCCAUAUGUCCAGGAUUCAAGAUACAGCACCGGCCAUCUGGUCCACCACCGAGCUCUCCGAUACGGCUCUGCCAGCCCUUCACACCAAGCUCUUUGGUGCUUUCCAAGUGGUUGAGAUCACUCUCGGUGAGAGUGAGAGCCACGUAGAUAUCGUCUUUGGAUCAGACACCAGCGAGUUUGGAGGAGUGCACCGCUUCGCCAUCCAACGGACAGAGUCGUCUGUCCAAGUUCACUUGCAACACCUGGUCUGCAACCCGACGAAGCCGAAAAAGUUGUCUCCUGAGAUUCUUCUCGAUUUCCACUUAGUGUACGCCAAUAUGCUUUUCCGGGAGUCAAUCAAAGCGAUCACUAGGUGA